AUGCUGCGAAAGCAGUCGACGCGACGGAUCCCACCCGUCUCCAUCCGCAUUUCGCCCAACCAGAGCCCAAAUUUUGGAGCUGGCGUGCCUUCCCAAGGCGAGCGAUUCGCUAUCCAAAACGAACUGGUUGCAAACGUUGCUUCCAGCUCCGAGAACUCUCCACGCUCCGGCAUGACACACAGCACCAGCACCAGCAGCGGCAUGGCCACUCUGGCCACUCUGGCCACACCCACCACCGGCUCGAAAUCCCGAGCUCGCCCCCGCUCGUACUCGUUCGGAAGAACUCCUGCCCAGUACAACAAUCCCAUCAGCCGGUCCUCGACCACCGAGACCCUGAGGCAGUUCCGAAGCAUGCGGGCGCAGUACCGGCGCCACGACCGCACCACCAUCCACGUCGACAACUUUAUCCGAAUCUAUGUUGAAAUCAAGCCAACGCCGCCCGUCGAGCCCAAGUACUUCAUGGUGGUCGUCGAAAAGUCCAAGACCAUCGAGCGGCUCUGCCACCAGAUCGAGGCCGAAUAUGCGUAUCGCUACAUGAUCCCUGAGGAGCAGGGCGUGCACGAUAACCCUGUCGAUGACGAGGACGAGGACGGCAACGUCGACGAAGCGUCGUCCACCAAAGCGAAUGUGCCGCUGAAUCAGAACCGGAUUGACCCCCUCGAAUGCGGCGCCGUCUACGACAGCGGCAAGGUUGCCCUGAGGUUUACCGACAAAGUCGGUGAGAUUCUUCGAAUGGACCAAACCAUCUACGUCGUCAACGCCUAUCAGGAUCCGGCCUUGAUCAACAAGAAGGUUUCCCAGCAUCUGAGCUCGAACGAAAAGAUCAUCAACGAAGAGCUCAGCUCUCAGCCCAGCAAGAUCGAACUGACUACGAGCAGUACAAGCAGCGUGGACGCCUCCAUCGUGGCUGUAAAGAGCAACGCCGACAGCAGCAGCCAACAGCCCCGAGACUCGGUCAUGCACCACGAAACCGAAUUCGCCACCGGAUCGCCCGACGACCUCACCUCCAGACGCCAGCCCGUCUCGCCUCGCAGCCGAAGCGUCAAACCCAUCGACAUGGGCACGCCAUUCACGCUCGACGACCGCUUCCAGCGGCUCAUCCGCAACCGGCUCGGGCUCGAAGCCUUUUGCGAGUUCUGCGUCGAGGACUACACCAUCGAGAACCUGCUGUUUUGGCUCGACGUCGAAAUCUAUCAGACUUGUCCACUCGAUCAUUUCAUCAUCUUUGGGCAGUACAUUUAUCUGAUGUACAUAGCGCCGGGCGCACCCCUCCAGGUGAAUCUGUCGGAGGAGAUCCGGCGGGACAUCAACCCUCCCGAAGUCUUGGAAGGCGAUGUGAUCGACUCAACCAUCUUUGACGAGGCUCAGGAGCACAUCUAUGCCAUUCUCAAGGGCCACUCUUUCACUCGGUUCGAAAGAUCACAAAAGUGCAAAGAUUUGCAGUCCAGGAUCAACGAAGCCAAGAGCGUCUACGAAUCCAAGAUGAUCUUCGACUACUACGCCAUGUUCUUGCCCAGAAUCUCCGAAAAGACUCAUUUUGUGGCCACAUGCGCGGCAAGAUCCCCGACCAAGCACAUAUCCGUCCCCAGUGACCCCUUGGGCAGCACCCCUCGGCGACUGAUGCUCAUGGACGCCCCCCAGUCGGCCGUCCGCGACCAGAUCCUCAACGGCCUCAUCACCCAGUACUUCCCCCAGAAUAGACCCUGGGCUAUCGAGGGAUACUUUACCGACAUGAACCGCCUUUCGACCGUCCAGAAACAGAGAAAGAUCAACAAGGAGAAGAAGAUCACAAAGUUCUUUGGCGAGAAGCUCAGCUUCGACCACAUCCAGCGCCAACUCAACGCAUCCAAUGUUCAUAUAAUUUCGCCGGUGGUCAAGUGGAGCGCCUCAAAUCAGCUUCGCGGCGCCCUCUGGGGCGACGAAGCCGAGAGCAUCACAUCCGAGGAACACAAAGACUACGGCCACAGCGAGUUCUUCACCAAGAAGAAGAAGGUGGAGAAGCUCGAGGAGUUCUUUGGCAACAAGCUACCAAGGGAGGAGCUCAAGAUCCAGAAGCUAGCGACCGAAACCGACUCGGACAGGGACAUUAUUGCGGCAGGAACCAUCUUUGGACGCGAAUCGAGCGUCCAGUACACCGCCGACAUUGCUCCUCCGACAAUCAAUGAGCUCACCCCCGACGAGAAGCGCAAGCUGGUCGAGAGAGCCAAGAAGCUACAGGCCAUAUUGGGCGAGCGCUCGAUCGAGUGCCCCGUGGGUGAAUUCCCGGUUGUCAAAAACCGCUGGAACAGUCGAGAGCUGCUCACCGACGGACCGGGAUCUCGAGGCAAGAUAUCCUCUAUUCCGGCCCUCAACGACAUCGAUAUCCAGCGACGGCCCUCGGUUUCGGCUCUGCUCGACCGCGAAUACCGUAUGUCGACCCCGACCCGGGGCUCGGCGGCCGACCGAUUCUAUGGCAACAGCGGCGGAGCCGGACAACUGCGCCGGUCCCUGAGCAUGGGAUCGAUCAAGUCCAGUUUCCCAGUUUCGUUCGUCUCAGACGAAAGCCAGACCCCUGAGGCUACCGCCGAGCGAGAAGCUCGUCGAAAGAAGCUCGCAAAGCUCCAGCAGUUCCUCGGAGAGCGCAUCACCGAUGCCGCCAUCGUCAGUGCGACCCCGCCCGUAAGCCUGGGCCAGAAAUCGCCGCUGACCCAAAAGGAAAAGGCCAUUUCGCUCAGACGGGCAAACAAGCUCGAGAAGGUGUUUGGCCAAGUGGUUCCGUCGCAGAUGGUGGCCGAGGCUGCCCUGCUCAAGGUCGAGGAGAACUUUGAUCCCACCAAGACCGCCAGCACCAUGCCCGACCCGGACAUCCAAUCCGACCUAUUUCACGAGAAUGCAAAGCCAUCCGCCAGCGUCGAGGGACAGACCGACCGCGCUCAGUUCUUUGCCGAUAACAUCCGCAAUCUCACCACCAUUCUGUCCAACAAACGCGACAUCCUGGACCUCGUGGACUUGAUGGCCGGCGACGAGUUUUCCAUCAUGGGCUCCAAGGACGGCGCUGUGUCUCGCAUGCACAAGCAGGCCCGGCAGAAAAAGGUCCAAAAGCUAAGCAAAUUCUUUGGCAGCACCGUCAAUCCCGAGACCGUGAUCGAGCAGAGCGUCAUUUCUGCUCUCGAAAUUGCAAUCAACGAAGAAAUCACCGAUCCUGCCAAGCUCGGGCAGCUCAAGAACCAGCUCACGGUUCUGCGAACGACCCUCAGGCAGAAGAGCGAGGAGAUCCUGAGGCAGGGUGAGGAGCCUUCAUCGCCUUUGUCUCCGCUCAAGAAGCUUUCCGAUUGA